UACAUCUUGGGCAAAAGACAAUUCUUUGUCUUCUUCUUCUUGUUAUGGGUCUAUAAAGUUAAGUCCCUCGCUCUUUCCUCUAUCUACAAACAUAGUGCAAGACAUUUUAAAAAGUUAUGGAUAUCUAUUCGUAUCAUGAGUUGAUCAUAUUCAUGCGAUUGCUUUUCCCUUUGAUCGCAUGCCUCCUUCUCUUACUCCCUAGCUCUUUGUCCUAUAGUUAUCUGCCUCCGCUUUGCCAUCAAGAAGAGAGGAUAGCUCUGAUGCAAUUCAAGGAUAGCUUUAUCAUAAAAAACAACUCUGAUUGCGAAUACACUUUGGAGAACCAUCCUGAGGUUGCAUCAUGGAGAAUAGAUGGAAAUAAUUCCAAUUGUUGUGUAUGGAUUUGAAUGCAACCAAGACACGGGUCAUGUCAUCGCCCUCAACCUUUCGAGGAGUUGUAUCUAUGGUGCUAUCACCUCCAACAGUAGUCUCUUCUGCCUUCAUCAUCUUCAAAACCUUACUCUUGCUGGAUACUUCGCACAAUGGGAUGCCAUGGAAUCAGUUGGAUCAAAGAAUUUAUAUUACCUGGGGGACUUGGUCGACUAUUCAAUUACAAUGGCAAUCAAAGGUGUGGAGUUGGAAUAUAAGAAGAUCCAUGAUGACCUCAAAGUCAUAGAUUUCUCAUGCAACAGGUUUGAAGGAGAAAUUCCAAAACAAGUAGGGAAUCUAGAAGGACUUCAUGUUCUGAACCUCUCAAAUAAUGCUUUCACUGGUCAUAUUCCAUCAUCCUUUGCAAACUUGACACAACUAGAAUCAUUAGACCUUUCUCAAAACAAGUUGUUCGGAGAGAUACCUCCUGAAUUAACCCAGCUCAAUUUCCUUUCAAAAUUUAAUGUGUCGCAUAACAGCCUCAUUGGACCUAUACCAAAUGCGCAACAGUUUGGAACAUUUGAAAAUACUUCAUUCGAAGAUAAUAGAGGACUGUGUGGAAGGCCAUUGUCCAAAAUUUGUGGAGAUUCUGACAUUUCAACACCUCCACCUUCAACCAGCUUUGAAGAGAAUCGGGGUCCAAAUUUUUUCUUUGAAUUUGGUUGGAAAGUAGUUGUGAUGGGAUAUGGAUGUGGUUUCGUAUUUGGAGUUGUUAUAGGGCACAUUGUGACAACUAGAAAACCAUAUUUGGUUAUCAAGAUUUUUGGCAAGAAGCAAUGCCAAACUCGAAUAAAGGUGAAUCGUAGGAAGUAGUAAAUGAAUCUUAGUUAAGUAAUGUGUUGUCUUUUUUUUUUUUUUUUUUUUUUAAGUUUCAUUUGUACUUCUAGUAUUAUUGUAUCUUAAUGGAUGGAAUUGGUAGUCGAUCUACAGAAAGGUCAACUACU